AUGAACAUGUGGAAGAAGAUUCACAAAGACCUCGACCAGGAAGCAAAAGUCCUUCAGAAAAAGCUGAGUCGAGAAAUUCUUAAGAAACGCGAAUUGGAGGAUCAAAUAGAUGCACUUCUCCGGGAUAAACUAUCAGCAACAAAGUCGACGGCUUACAUUAAGCGCAUGGCCACUAAUGUUCAUGAUCAAAGUCGUGAACUUGAAGUACAGGCAGCAUUGUUAGAAAAUGCUUUGGCGAGUGACACGUUGGAAGUGGCGAAGGUGAAAGCUGAGACCAAAGUCUUGGACGAACAGGCGAAAGAACUUGAAAAUGAAAUUGAAAAGCGAAACGAAAGCCUUAUUUGCCUGCAGCAGAAGAUAAAACAAGCGAAUCUCACUGUUAAACGCAAACAGGAUCAAAUUGAUCAUCUAAAUCAAAAGCUAAAGAGGCUUCUUGACAAUACUGGGGGAAUUGAGUUGGGUCCCCUGGAAAUUACGAGAAAUAAUUUGCUGAAGAAUAUGGCCGCAAAGCAAGAGGAGAUAACCAGCUUGGAACAGCAGUGGCUACGAGAGCAGACAGAGCUUAUAAAUAAAGUAAAGGCGAAAGACGAACUGGCUGACGAUUUAUCUCGCCAACAAGUCUACCUCUCUGUUCUGAAUCGAAAGAAGCUACGUCUUGAUUCUGAGAUCAAUUCCAUAGAGAAAGAAAAGGCCCAACUGAGUCGAGAAGUCCAGCGUCUACAGCACAGCAUGACGAGAUUGAAUAAAUCCAUCUAUGAACAACGCUCCAGUAGCGAUGCUAUAGAACAGGAAAAUCGGUUCGCAGAAGAAGAUUUCGUUUUACGUAUUCGAGAAAAGGAGACUCAGGCAGUUGAAGCUGAAGCGCAUUUAGAGGAAGCGGUGAGGGACAAAGAAGAUUUGCUGGCUGAUUUACUGGAAACGGAGAGGCAUAUAUUGCUUUGGGAGAAGAAGAUCCAACUGGUAAAUGAAACACGCCAAGCUGUUGACUCAGCGAGUGGAUUGGCCGAACUUAAAUCGAUUCGAACGGAGAUUCACCGUAUGGAAGUGAAAAAGGCUCAAAUUGCACGCCAACAGGAACAACUAAUUCGAGCUCUUGAACUUUCGGUACAGAAGCGAGAGUUCAUUAUGGAAAGGAACGAAUGUGCUAAGAACACAAAAAGUAAGGAAACACUAACGAAAAACAAUCUUCAACGAGAAAUUGAGUAUCUUCAAAGCCAAAUUACCAAUUUUGAAAAGAACGCCAAGAAAUUUGAUGAUGAAUGUUCGAAACUAGAGGAAGAAUCAGGGAAACUCGAAGAUGACCUCAAGUCCAAAUGUAAUGCUUGUGAAGAAAUGCGUAAAAAAACCAUGGAACUGACAAAGGAACUGCAAGACCUAGCCGAAUACCGUCAAAAGAAACUCAUUGAGUUACAAAUGCGACAGCAUGCUUCAAGAUAUUGGGAGCAACUGCUGGCUGGACGGUAUCGGCGCCUCUGUUCUUCACGACAGGCUGCUCAAAAUGAGCGCGAUCGGCAGAUUGGCAAGAUGAAAUCAAUGCUAGCGGUUGUCGAUCGACUCACCACAGAAUUUCCCGAGAUCAAGCAAGAUCUUUCGGUGGUUUGUCAGAUUCUGUCCAACAAACUGGCUCAAGAAGAUGAUGGGAGAAAUACUGAGACAAGCUGA